GCCACCCCAGCGCUAGUAUUAACCCGGGUGAUCACAGGUUACAAGCUCUGGAUUUGUCAUCUCCAGCACUUUAAAAGCUAGCUGCCUCUGGACUCACCAUACCCCAGCCUGCCUGGCUCUGUACACAGCUGGGAAGCUGCACUGAUUUUACAGAAUCUUGCUCAUAUUGUAUUAUUAUUAUUAUUUGUUGUGAUCGGAUCAUAAACUUUUUUAACCCUCGCUGGGAAUUUGAAGAUAGAUUGUGUUGAGAUCUCCUACGAUGGGAGCUGGGGAGUUCAAUGUUUGGAUGAUUAUAACAGCCUGCUUCAUAAACGUGUCCCUGCAGGGAGAAUACCAAAGAAGGCUAUACAAGGAAUUACUGAAGAAUUAUAAUCCCUUGGAGAGACCAGUGGCCAAUGAUUCCCUUCCUCUCACUGUCUACUUUGGAUUAAGUCUCAUGCAGAUCUUGAAUGUGGAUGAAAAGAAUCAAGUUUUAACUACGAAUAUUUGGCUACAAAUGUACUGGACAGAUUACUAUUUACAAUGGAAUAUGUCUGAAUACCCUGGGGUGAAAAAUGUUCGUUUUCCAGAUGGACAGAUUUGGAAGCCAGAUAUCCUGCUAUAUAACAGUGCAGAUGAGAGAUUUGAUGCUUCAUUUCAUACUAAUGUGUUAGUGAACUCAUCUGGAUACUGUCAGUAUUUACCACCAGGUAUUUUCAAGAGCUCAUGCUACAUAGAUGUGCGAUGGUUUCCAUUUGACAUUCAAAAAUGUAAGCUGAAGUUUGGGUCUUGGACAUAUGGAGGGUGGUCUUUGGAUUUGCAAAUGAGAGAAGCAGACACAUCUGAAUAUAUUGCAAACGGAGAGUGGGAUCUUGUAGGAGUGUCUGGAAAGAGGAAUGAGAGUUUUUAUGACUGUUGCAAAGAACCAUACCCAGAUGUGACUUUUACUAUAACCAUGAGGCGCAGAACAUUGUAUUAUGGGCUAAACCUUCUUAUUCCCUGUGUGCUGAUAUCUGCGCUUGCUCUGCUUGUGUUCCUUCUUCCUGCGGACUCCGGAGAAAAGAUCUCACUAGGCAUAACAGUGUUGUUGUCACUUACAGUAUUUAUGUUACUGGUAGCAGAAAUUAUGCCAGCAACCUCAGAUUCUGUCCCACUAAUAGCACAAUAUUUUGCCAGCACAAUGAUCAUUGUUGGACUAUCAGUGGUUGUAACAGUUAUUGUCCUACAGUAUCAUCACCAUGAUCCACAUGGAAGCAAAAUGCCAAAGUGGACAAGAAUAGUCUUAUUAAACUGGUGUGCCUGGUUCUUAAGAAUGAAGAGACCUGGGGAAGAUAAGGUCAGACCAGUUUGUCAACACAAGCAGCGGCGCUGUAGCAUGACAAGUGUGGAGGUAAACACUGUCAGCGGCCAGCAGUCCAGCAAUGGGAACAUGUUGUACAUUGGCUUUCGAGGAUUGGAAGGCAUCCACUGUACACCUACCACAGACUCAGGAGUAAUAUGUGGCAGGAUGACUUGCUCCACAACAGACGAUGAAAAUAUUAUACACAAUGUGCAUCAUUCUGAGAGUGAUGCAGAAUUGAGCAAGAUUCUGGAAGAGUUGCGCUAUAUAGCGAACAGGUUCAGAGACCAGGAUGAGGAUGAAUCCAUAUGCAACGAGUGGAAAUUUGCUGCAUCUGUGGUAGACCGCUUGUGUCUAAUGGCCUUCUCAGUCUUUACUAUAAUUUGCACUAUUGGAAUUUUAAUGUCGGCGCCAAAUUUUGUAGAAGCAGUAUCUAAAGAUUUUGCUUGACUUCUCCUCGGAGUAUUAGGGGUACUUCGGAGGCUUUGUUUUUUUCCAUCAA